GCAGCUGGUGAAAAUCAAGGGGUGAGGAGCAGGUGUAUGUGAUCAGCAAUCAGAGGCUAAAAGAGAGAGACAGAGUGAGGAAGGCUGCCCAGAAGACAAACAAUUAUCAGUUUGCCACCACCACUGUCACAAUCAGUGUUCUGGUGAAGAGCCUCCACACUCCACAGUUUCAGAAGCCUCAGUAUGAAGGCCGAGUCACUGCAGUGGGCACCAUGGUUAUGGACCUGACCAACAAGGAUAAGCCGCUGCAGAUUGUGGCUACAGACAACGACUAUGCUGCAGCUGAGGGUAUAAAUCCCCACAUCAGCUAUUCCAUUGAUGGGAGCAGUGCUUUCUCCAUUAUUAAUGGCUACUUAUUUAUGACAAAGGAUCUCCCGGAGGCCACGUUAUCCCUGCAAGUGGUGGCAAAAGACACAUCUAAUGACGAGUCAGCUACAGCUCAGCUCUCAGUGGAGGUCGCUACAGUGAUUGUACCGUCAGGGGAUUACACGGUAGUGGACAUGGCAGCACUUGGUGCAACCCUGGGUAUCCUGCUGUUUAUCUCUCUGGUGGUCAUCGGGGUGCUCGUCCAUUGCAUACGCAAGGGGAAAGCAGACUGGAGGAAGAUCUAUGAAGCCAAUGUGUUUCGAAGCUCUCUGGGUCAAAGUUCAGGAGCUCCUAAGAAAGGCAUCCAGUACACCAAUGAGGCCUUCCAGAACGAUGAAGAUGGAGGCAGCAUGGGCUUCAAUGGACCAAAGGGGGGAAGUGUAAUGGCUGAUGGGGCGCCACGAAAAGUGGUGGACAUCCCACUCAAUGAGGCCAAAGUGAGGUCUUUGGCAUCGUUGCAUGCCCUCCUUCCUGACAACACCAGCCAGGCGGGCUCGGACAAAGUCGACAGUGAGAAGGAAGUGAAACCCAUCCUAACCAAGGAGAGACGAAUGGAGGAGGGAUACAAGGCAGUCUGGUUUAAGGAGGACAUUGACCCUGCUGCCAAGGAGGAGGUGGUCAUAAUCCCAGACAGCAGGGAGGAUGACAGUGAAGAGGAAGACGGAGAGCAGUUAUCCAGCAGCAGGGAUGAGGAUGAAGACCACAACCAACCAAUAAAAACCCGAAAGGUUGGCUUUGCUGAUGCAGAUCUGGACAGUGGACUAGGGGUGAAGAUGGAUGAUACAGCAGAGGAUUCACACAGUGAUGAAGUGUCGACCGUCAAUCUGGACCACCUAUAAUAAAAUCUAAUAAGUCACUCCUGUAAUGCUGGGCAAUAGGACAGAUCAUGAAACACUUAAGAAAAUUUAACCUUUUAUAACUUUUGUGCCAUAAUUAUUGUAAAGAUAUUCAUGAUUGAGUUGCACAUGUUCUGUGGAAGAUUAUUUAAAUUUAUAUCAGCAUUUACUGAUUUAUGGUCACUAAAGUCACAUAUUUUAAAAGUACUUCUUGGUAUUGGAUUACAAAAUUUUUCAAGGCAAUUUUUUCAGAGAAUGAAAGUUCUGUCAGCAGUGUGUUUUACCCUGUUCCUUGAAUUUCAUAACACGUUUUCUUUUGCAGCAGACCUAGCAGUAAAGAUGGUUUUGAGAGUGUGAGAGGGAAAGAAAAUCUUAUUUACCGAGUUACUGAUAUACCGGGUUAAUAAUUUACUGGUCGUCUUGGCUGUUCAAUGACGACAGAUGAAUGCAUCACGUUGUUUAGAACUAGAAACACGGAGCAGGUGAUAAAAUCAAACAUGUCAGCUGUUAUUCUCUGUGAUAAUAAAACCCUCCCUGCUGAUACCAGAGACUAUAAAACAUUGUGACC